AUGCGUGUUUCCUCCUUUGCACCGCUGCUCGCGGCCCUUGGUCCCGUGCUUGCCAUUCCAACCCAACCCUCAAUCGACAACUCGACCGAGUAUCCAAAGCAUUAUGGAAUGCUUGUCUUCCCUCACUUCCAGGCUCUAGAUGUCUUCGGUCCGUUGGACGUCCUCAAUACCCUCGCUAUGGUCUACAAGCUUCCCAUGCAAUUAUCCAUCAUUAGCGCAACACUCGAUCCUGUCUCUACGGGCAUGGGACCUAGUAGUUUUGGCGAGUCCAUCGUGCCAACUUCCACUUUUGCUCAAGUCCAAUCCGAAUAUGGCAAUGCCCAGGCGAGGGAUACGGGUAACGUCACUGUUCCUGGAAACUCAACAGAUCUUGGAGACGUCGACGUUUUGUUCGUGCCAGGUGGUGGUGGUACGCGAAAGGACCUGACUGCUGAAAUCGACUUUGUCAAAAACAUGUUCCCAAAGGUCAAACAUGUCAUCAGCGUCUGUACUGGUGCGACCAUUCUUGCUCGUGCUGGCGUGUUGGACGGCCGCAACGCCACUACGAACAAGAAGUCCUGGCAAUGGGCAACUUCCACUGGACCAAAUGUGAACUGGGUUCCCGCUGCGCGUUGGGUUGAAGAUGGAAACCUCUGGAGUUCAUCUGGCAUCUCUGCCGGAAUCGACGUCACCUAUGCAUGGGUUGCCUCGGUGUUUGGCGAGGGAGUCGCAAGCUACAUUGCGGAUGUCAGCGAGUAUGAACGCUGGAUGGACCCUCACAGCGAUCCUUUCGCUGAUAUCUGGGAUGUCUAUGCUACCAACAGCACGAACCCAGCUAGCCGAUGA